UGCUCAGGCAGUCACAUGACGCGCCUCAUUCCGGUGUCAGCAGUCUGAGGCCGAGUUGCGGGAAGGACGUAUCGUAUCACUCAUUAGGGACUGAAGAUGGCAGGCCUGGCCAGGGGGAAGCUGAUCGCGGUGAUCGGAGAUGAGGAUACCUGCACCGGGUUCUUGCUGGGCGGCAUCGGAGAGCUGAAUAAAAACCGCAAACCGAACUUCUUGGUGGUGGAGAAGGAGACCAGCGUGACGGAGAUAGAGGAAACCUUCCGGAGUUUCUUAAAUCGUGAUGAUAUCGGGAUUAUCUUAAUAAACCAGUUCAUUGCUGAGAUGAUCCGUCAUGCUAUUGAUGCCCACAAUCUUUCCAUCCCUGCUGUGCUUGAAAUUCCAUCCAAAGAGCACCCAUAUGAUGCAAACAAGGACUCCAUCCUACGCAGAGCCAAAGGCAUGUUUACCUCUGAUGACUUGCGGUAACUCUGCAGCAUAAGUUGUAGGUCUCAAGUUAACUCUUGCUGAAUCCUUCAGUCCUUCCUGUGGCAUUUGGUUGAAUUAAAUCUUAAGUGUGUACUUUCCUAGAAAUGUUGAACGUUUUUUUUCCUGUUGUCCAAACAUUCCUAUAUAUCCAAAACAGUUGAUAGCAUUAAUAUAUUAUAAGUAAAUAAAUUUUAAUGAAUGUUUUUUUUUGUCUGCACAAUAAAACUAAUAAUAAUAAUGAUGUAUGUUUUCCUUCUAUCAACAAACAUAAGGUAUACGUUAUAUAGUGGAAUUGUGUUGAUACAAAUUAUUUCAAAUAAUACUUUAAACUAUUGUGUAAAUGUAUAUUAUCUAGUUAUUCAUAUAGUUUAUGAAUGUUCCAAUCUGUUACCAAGGAGGAAACUUCUUUUAUACAUACAUGCAUACAUACGUUUCUUGCAUAAGAAAUUAAGGCACUGUUCUAGCAAACAGAAUGGAGACGGUUUAUAAAACAAUAGCUUACAGCUGAUGACCACCACCAUAUUGAAUAAUUAUAUAAAAAGCUUGCACCCUCUAUCCAUGUCAAGUUCCUAUGAUGCAUCUCCAUUGACUUUUAAUGGAAAUAUAUAUUUAUAGUUUGAUGACUUUGCUUGGGUUUAUAUCCAAAGUAUGUAUGAAUAUAUAUUUAGGAGUUUGCUGGGUGAGAAUGAAUGGAAAUAGAAAUUGAUUUGUGUUAAAUUUAAGUUUUCAGAAGCAAAGUGUUUGUGUUAAGAUAUACUUAUUUUAGAACAGUUUUCCUUAAACAUAAACCAUAUACAGUUUUCCACACUGAAUGGGAGUCACGGGGACACUUCCUCCGUAUUAGAGUACCGUGGGCGGAGAAGAGGGGGUGGUGGGAGCACAUAGACUACCUGAGGCGGCAAACUCCUCAGCACAACCGAAGACGACGAUGAUGAGCUGGCAGAGCAGAUGCCAGGUUUAUUUGGGGAGCGACCCACAGGGACGAAGGCCCGGGCAACACUAUAACCGCCGAUGCGCCCCACACAACACCCUGUGGACCCGCAGACAAAAAAGAUUAGGGAAGUUGUAUACUCCUUAAUUGUAUUACACUAGAUUGCAUAAACACGUGGAUAAAACGAUUACAUUCCCGUGUAGGUAGUUACCUCCAGAAAGGCAUGAUAGGUAGCUGGAGAAUGAAUGAGCAAAGUUGGUAAAAAUCAUGUCAAACAGAAACAGAGAACGCUGUUAUACAUGUCUCAUGCUAAACCUUUAAAAGUCAAACCACAGAUACGUGUUUUUACGGCCUGUUGAGAAAUCUGCGCAUCUCGAUUUGUCUGACAUGAACCAAAGCCUAAACCUGCAUGUUUCACCAUACUAACCUAAUGCAUUUCUUUCUUUCUUUCUUUCUUUCUUUCUGUAAUGCCACAAAACUCUUUAAUAAAACAAAAAUUUACCAAAAAAAAUAAUAUACAGUUUUGAGCGCUGGAUUAAAAAAAUACUCAUCUUGAAUGCAAUAGGGUUGCUUUAAUAUCAAUGUACCAUAAAUUGUCAUUGAAGACCUUUCUUACACACUUCAAAUGAACUUUGCUGGAUCUUGCAUAUCCUUAAUUUUAAAUACCACACUGUAACAAAGUGCCAUGUGCAAUAUUCUCCCUAUCUAUUUUAAACAU